CUCGGUCUGCGUUACGCCGUCUCCUCCCGACCGCGCUCUUGCCAUACCUGCUUCUCUCUCUCUCUCUCCUCAUUGGUGUGUCCUGAUUCCUUUUUUCCAUCAGGCUCUGGGCCCCAUUGGUUGUCUGCCUUCCAACCAUUAUCUCCACUCCUCCACCCCUCUGUCAUCCUUUCUCGCUCUCCGCGCUCUCUCCACCUCCUUCCCUCAUUGCCGGUCACAUCUCUCAAGUCGUAAAAAUGAUUUGCAUGCAGGAGGAGAGCGCAACUUUGCAGUGAGAGAAAUAAAGGAGAGGCUGAAACCGGGAGAGCGGGAGGAAAAGUUUACUGAGAAGACUGCAGCUGGAAGAAAAUGAGUUUGGAGGAGACGUGGUGAGCCGCUCCUCCCUCGCCGAACGUCAGAAGGUCACGCUGGAAGCAGAGGUCGGGGCCAACGAGCUGUGUCACGCCCACAACGCUUCAGAUGGAGGUGGAUGCAGAUGAUAAGCGCCAUCGCACACGCUCCAAAGUGCCUGUGGAUCCUGCAUUAACAGAGCUUUUCAGUGUGUACGGCUGCCCUCUGGCCAAGAAGAGGAAGAGCAUAGACAGACAAACCCUGGAAACAUCCCCAAAGAGGAGCACCUACCUUGAUGACAUGGACAACUCCACAAUGGAGGAGUGCUACGAGACAGAUGGAACCGAGGAGAUGGAUGACCGGGAGGAAGAGGAGGAGGAAGGAGCCGUAGAGGAUGAGGAAGAGGAGGGGGAAGUGGAGGAGGAGGAAGAGGAGGAGGUAGAAGCCUACAUGGACUACAAUGUAGAGCAAAUGGAGCACGAGGACGGGGAGGUGGAGACAGGGGAUGGAGAGGGGGAAGAGGAAGCAGAGGAGGAGGAGGAGGUAGAGGUGGAGCAGGAAGAAGAAGAGGAGGGUGAUGAAGGGAGGGUGGUGGAGGCGGAAGAGGCGGAGGAGGAGGAGGAAGGAGUAGAAGAGGUGGAUUAUGAAGACGGAGAGGAGGAGGAAGGAGAGCAGAAUCAAGGGCAAGAGGACGAUCAGAUGAGCAGCGGUGAGAGGGCCGAGGGCAAUGGCGGUGGAGGCGGAGGCAGCAGCAAUUCCAAAUCCGGCCCGACGGCGGAGAAAGACGACAACAACAACGAUGAGUACGAAAACUACGACGAACUUGUGGCCAAGUCGCUCCUGAACCUGGGCAAGAUCGCAGAAGAUGCUGCCAACCGUGCCAUGACGGAGUCUGAGAUGAACAGCAACUCCUCUAACAGUGCUGAGGAUGAAGAGGAGGAGGAAGAGGAGGAAGAGGAGGAGGAAGAGGAGGAGGAGGAUGAAGAGGAAGAGGAGGAGGAAGAAGAAGAGGAGGAGGAAGAGGAGGAAGAAGAAGAAGGGGAAGGGGAUGAAACUCAGAGGGGCGAUCUGAGUUUGGAUGUUGACAGCGACGUGGUUCGGGAAACGGUGGACUCCCUCAAACUGCUGGCACAGGGUCACGGCGCCGUGCUGUCCGACAACUUGGACGGACAGGAGUUCGAGGACGGCACGGCCGACAACGGGGAUGCGGUUGACUGCACGAACAAUGGGGUAAAUGCGCACAAUGGUGGUAAUGGACAAGUUAAGACCACCAGUAAUGGACAAAUAGAAAACAGCGAUGAAGAGGUGUGUUUGAGCAGUCUGGAGUGUCUACGGAACCAGUGCUUCGACCUCGCUCGGAAACUCAGCGAAACAAAGUCCAUCGACCGAAACGCACCGUCCCAGCAAAAUCACUUCUCAUGCGAGGAUCCCAAUCAACAGCCCCAGCAUCACGGCUACGGGGACUUCCACAACAGCCAGGACGACAGGCGAACGCUCGAUAGGAACUAUUCCGACAUGGACAAUCUCAUGAAGCUCGAGGAGCAGCUGAGCCCACGCUCCAAGGCCUUCUCCAGUUGUGCACACGACAACCGGUACCACGCUCACCACCGGGACUUCGAUGAGGACACGGCCUCUGUGACCUCGGACCGAUCAGAAGAAGUGUUUGACAUGACAAAGGGGAAUCUGUCCCUGCUAGAGAAGGCUAUUGCACUAGAGUCCGAACGCGCCAAGGCAAUGAGGGAUAAAAUGGCUGCUGAGGCUGCCAGAAGAGACGGGGUGAGGUAUGGCCAUGAAGAUCACGGCCCGCGGCACGGCUACGGCGUUGAGCGUAAAGCCCGGCUUCCCGAUGGUAUGAAGAAGCCUUUCUACCAUAAAGACGCUUCACGUGUGGACAAGAAGGAGAGUCGGUGUCCGACACCUGGCUGCGACGGCACGGGUCACGUGACGGGCCUGUACCCACACCACCGGAGCCUUUCGGGCUGCCCGCACAAAGACCGGGUGCCACCUGAAAUUGUGGCAAUGUAUGAGAAUGUUCUUAAGUGUCCUACGCCUGGCUGCACGGGACGCGGCCAUGUCAAUAGCAACAGAAACUCCCACCGAAGUCUGUCAGGGUGUCCCAUCGCCGCCGCCGAGAAGCUGGCCAAAGCCAAGGAGAAGCACCAGAGCUGCGACGGGCCCAAGUCCAACCAGGCGUCCGACCGAGUCCUAAGGCCAAUGUGCUUUGUCAAACAACUGGACUAUCCACAGUAUGGUUACAAGAACAAUGUUUCCACCAGCACGCCCCGCUCCAACCUGGCCAAGGAGCUGGAGAAGUACUCCAAGACCAGCUUUGACUACAGCGCCUUCGACGGCGGCAACAACCACCACGUGUACGGGAAACGGGCCAUCGCUCCCAAAGUGCAUGGGCAGAGGGACACGUCGCCCAAAGGCUACGACGCCAAACGUUACUGCAAGAACUCCAGCUCGGCCAGCAGCACCACCAGCACCUACGCCCCCAGCAGCAGCGGCAGCAGCCUGAGCUGUGGCGGCGGUGGCGGCAGAGGGGGCACGGGAGGCGGCGGCGGGGGCAGCAGCGCCAGCAGCACCUGCAGCAAGAGCAGCUUCGACUACAGCCACGACAUGGAGGCCGCCCACAUGGCCGCCACCGCCAUCCUCAACCUGUCCACGCGCUGCCGGGAGAUGCCCCACGACAUGGCGGGGAAGCCGCAGGACCUGUGCUCGCAGAGUCCCGGUCUAGAUGUCGAUGAGAAUGGUACGUUGGACCUGAGCGUGAGCAAGCGUCUUUGCAGCGGCGGCGCAGGCGACUCGGUGCUAACGCCCCUUGAGCCCAUGUCCCCCCAGAGGCAGGCCGCCCUGCUGGGCUCCCGCUGCUACGGCAUGGGGGACGCGGCAGACUGCUGGGACCUGCCCGUAGACUACACCAAGAUCAAACACAUAGACGAGGACGAGAAAGAGCCGGACGACCUCGACCCCUUCCACGACCUCCUGGACGACCGCUCCUACACCACAGACGUCAACAUGCCGAGCCCCAAGCCCAAAUACCUCCAGUGCAAGGAGACGAAGAAGGACCUGAUAACAUGUCCCACACCGGGGUGUGAUGGAAGUGGUCACUUGACGAGCAAUUUCGCCUCACAUCGAAGUCUCUCAGGUUGUCCUUUAGCUGACAAAAGCAUUCGAAGCAUGCUGGCCAACAACGCGCAAGAGCUCAAGUGCCCGACACCAGGGUGCGACGGUUCGGGACAUAUCACUGGCAACUACGCCUCACACAGAAGUCUUUCAGGGUGUCCGCGUGCCAGGAAAAGUGGGAUAAAGAUCAUCCACAGCAAAGAGAACAAGGAGGACCAGGAGCCUAUCAGGUGUCCGGUCCCGGGAUGUGACGGUCAGGGUCAUGUGACGGGGAAGUACGCGUCCCACAGAAGCGCGUCCGGAUGCCCCAUUGCAGCCAAGAGGCAAAAGGACGGAUACCUGAAUGGCAUUCAGUUCACGUGGAAGUCCGGGAAGACGGAGGGCAUGUCCUGCCCGACGCCGGGCUGCGACGGCUCGGGUCACGUCAGCGGAAGCUUCCUGACGCAUCGGAGUCUGUCAGGUUGUCCGCGUGCCACCUCCGCCAUGAGGAAAGCCAGGCUCUCCGGAGUGGAAAUGCUAACAAUAAAGCAGCAGCGUGCCAGCAACGGGCUGGAGCACGACGAGGAGAUCAAACAGCUGGAUGAAGAAAUCAAAGACUUAAGUGAAUCGAAUUCACAAGUGGAAGCAGACAUGAUCAAACUCAGAACACAGAUCACAACAAUGGAGUCCAACUUGAAGUCCAUAGAAGAGGAAAACAAGGUGAUUGAACAGCAAAAUGAAUCUCUCCUGCAUGAGCUGGCCAACCUCAGCCAGUCACUGAUUAACAGUUUAGCUAAUGUCCAGCUCCCUCAUAUGAAACCACUGACGCACAAAGAGCCGCCUCUGAGGACCAACAGCUGCUUACAGAUGCACCAGCAAGAGCCAAUCAGCGAGCAGAACUUUGACGCCUACGUCACCACUCUGACGGACAUGUACACAAACCAGGAGCAGUACCAGAGCCCCGAGAACAAAGCGCUGUUGGAAAACAUCAAGCAAGCCGUCCAAGGGAUCCAGGUGUAAUCAACCAAUCAGCAAAGGGAGACUUUUUGUUCCCACCGCAGGCGUGGGCGGCGAAUCAGAAUCCGCGUACAAACAGGCAGCGAUGGUUUGAUCUCCUCGGUCCGGCGCACUAAAGUGUUAUAUAUUCUAAAUUCUGUUCUCUGAAAAAAUUGCGAGGCUCUAAGCGUAGGAAGAGCUUUUCGUUCUCUCUUUUCUUUCUGGGUCUCGCCGUGAGGGAGAGAAUUGGUUUUUGAGGACAUUCACAUUUUGUACGUUUUCAUAUGAGCUCACAUAGUGUCAUGUAUGUUUCUAGCUGCUCAUGUAUGCACAUUUUUAGUGUAUAUUUCUGAACAGUAAGCUAACGCUAACGGAAGGUGAGCUCUUUUUAAUGCUUGGCCACGAAGCAUUCGGGAUGAAAAAAAAGGUGGACGGUGGAAGUGAAACGCAGCGACGGAGGAGGAUUUUUCUCCUCGCGCAGUGGACGAUUCUGGACUUUUCAAUGUUUUUUUUCCUCCUUCUUCUUCUUCGUCUUCUUCUUCUUCUUGCGUGUAGAUUGUUCCAGAACAAGAACUGGCUUUGCGGAUCGCUUUAUUUUCUGCCAAUGCUCGAGAAAAGUUUGUGCUCUGUUUUAAAGAAAAGACGUGCAGCUGCAGGUGGGGGCAUUUUUAAAAUCGGUGCUGUAAACGAACCCGGAGAGGAAACUGACCUGAUGUUUGUAUGAAUGUAUGUAUGAACAGUUCUAUUGGAAACAUCAUUACACGGAAACCCGAUGGUGGAAAUCCCGUUACCUAGGAGAGCCUAGGAGAGCCAAUUGAGUCCUAGGGGAACGCGUCAUGUUCACAUGCUCAUCGUUAAUUAGUAGAAAAGACCUACAGAGAGCUCUCUGCUAUCAAAUCUGCUCAAUUUGGAGACUCGUGUGGGAAACGUCUCUGCAAUAUCAGAACUAUGGUUUCUAGCAGGGAGGCGAUGCAAUCUGCAAAGGAAAAACGUUGGUUGGGUAUAUGCAAUCUCUUGUUUAUAAGCAUAGCGGGGUAACAGGAAUCUUUUUAAUAUAGCCUGUAAUGUAAAAUAUUGAUUUUUAUACAAAUCUUUUAAUACAAAAAGUCUUUUUAAAAAAGGAGGAGGGAACCUGGACGUGGAGUUUUAGGAGCAGAAGUAUAUGAGUUCCACUUUUUUUCUGUACGACUUUGCACAGGGACACCUUCGUUUCCAUGUUUUGAUGUUCUUACAGAAGCUAAAAGCAGUACCCGAGAGCCUGAAGCGAGGGUUUCCGAGGGUUUUGUAAAGAGUAUUUAUAGAGUAUGACAGCGGGACUUACAGGGUCACUGUCCCCACUUAUGUGCCAGUAGACUAUUUGCACUUGUCCUUGAAGAUAUUAACCUUACGUACGGCGGCGUGCAAUUUCCCAGGUGACCUCUCUGGCACACGAUCGGAUUUCGUACCACUGAGAGGAAGAACAGGGACUUGGUUCAAACCAUAGCAGUUAGCUGUAGGCUACUAUCGAGUGUAAAAACAUUCAGUCAUUUUUGCUCUGUUUUAGGAAGAUGAAGUUAUCCCCCGCAGCACUUUAUAUCUAAUCACUGUACAAAUGGUUAAAUAGUCAAUCAGUUCGAGGUUUGAAUAAAAAAUAAGCGGAAAUGGCGAAGGCGCGCCGGAGCCCGACCUUCGCGGGGCAACGCCGCUGUGCGCGCCCCUCCCUUCUCCUAGUCGUCCUAGUCGUUAGCGCUCACGUUCAGGAUUUGCCUUCUCGAGAGCGAAUGCAAACGGUGCUCGUCGUCGUUCACCUGACCGAAUCUCAUCUAUUGUACUUUACCGUCCUCUGUCGGGACUCUGCUUCCCAUCAUCCAUGACUGCGUACGCCUUUUUCCACAGCAUCGUGUCUGCAGCUUUUUGCCAAUAUAGUAACGCUUCAGUAGAGUAAUAGCUAGUACCAGUUUUUGAAUUAAUUCUCAUUGCCAGUGAACACGGAGGAGGGACUUUAAAGCACAAACCGGCUGCUCAUCUGACGUUGGGACAUAAAUACCAAGCCUGAAAAAGAGUAUCUGUGACUAUCUAUAGGGAACGCAAAGAGGUCGUCGCAUAUUUAGAACCUUUCAUAGAAACUAUUGUGAAUUCAUCAGAGUUUAUUAUUUAGUCAGAGCCAGCUGAUUUAGUUGGAGGUUGAGUUCAGUGACCAUCAACAAAGACAGGAUUUUGUAUAAACUAUUGUGCUCUCUGUGGAACUGAAGUUUGAUUUAUUUUUGUACUACACAGCAUGGAUUUGUUGACAUUUUAAUUUUGCUAUAAAUGUGUGAGAUCACAAGUUGCUGUGAUAUUUCAUUUAUAAAUUGUGAACUUUGUACAAUUUUUGUCAUGCUGGAUGUUGACACAUCUUAAACUCAGAAUAAAGACAAA